GCAGCGCGACGCUCUCUUAUCCCGAGGGAGGGCAAAGUGGGGAGGUGGGGGGGCGGGGGGAGAGCGGCAGGAGGGGGGCGGUGCGCGGCCACCUCCCCCCCCCUCCGGACUCCCGAAUCCGCAGCCUCCUCCGCAGCAUCUUCCCAGGCCCGGCCCUCUCCUCCCCCCGCGCCGAUGGUACGCGCCGGCCCGCCUGGCCCGGCUGCAGUGGAUGUUGCUAGAACCCACGCGGAGGAAGGAAGAGACGCAGGCAGGCUGCGGUUACCCAAGCGGCCGCCCCGGCCUCAGGGACCCCUUCCCCGAGAGACGGCACCAUGACCCAGGGAAAGGCCCUUUUCUGGAACCACAGAGGCCCUGCCCCAGGGACAGCGACAGUGACAACCAAUGCUCUCCGUGGCUAACAAGGCCCCCGGGACUGAGGGGCAGCAGCAGGCACAUGGCGAGAAGAAGGAGGCUCCAGCAGUGCCCUCAGCCCCACCCUCCUAUGAGGAGGCCACCUCUGGGGAGGGGAUGAAGGCAGGGGCUUUCCCCCCAGCCCCCUCGGCAGUACCUCUCCACCCAAGCUGGGCCUAUGUGGACCCCAGCAGCAGCUCCAGCUACGACAACGGUUUCCCCACUGGAGAGCAUGAGCUCUUCACCACUUUCAGCUGGGACGACCAGAAAGUUCGUCGAGUCUUCAUCAGAAAAGUCUACACCAUCCUGCUGAUCCAGCUGCUGGUGACCUUGGCUGUCGUGGCUCUCUUUACCUUCUGUGACCCUGUCAAGGACUAUGUCCAGGCCAACCCAGGCUGGUACUGGGCAUCCUAUGCUGUGUUCUUUGCAACCUACCUGACCCUGGCUUGCUGUUCUGGACCCAGGAGGCAUUUCCCCUGGAACCUGAUUCUCUUGACCGUCUUUACCCUGUCCAUGGCCUACCUCACUGGGAUGCUGUCCAGCUACUACAACACCACCUCUGUGCUGCUGUGCCUGGGCAUCACGGCCCUCGUCUGCCUCUCAGUCACCGUCUUCAGCUUCCAGACCAAGUUCGACUUCACCUCCUGCCAGGGUGUACUCUUCGUGCUGCUCAUGACUCUUUUCUUCAGCGGACUCAUCCUGGCCAUCCUCCUACCCUUCCAAUAUGUGCCCUGGCUCCAUGCAGUCUACGCAUCGCUGGGAGCGGGUGUGUUUACAUUGUUCCUGGCACUGGACACCCAGUUGCUGAUGGGUAACCGACGCCACUCGCUGAGCCCUGAGGAGUAUAUUUUUGGAGCCCUCAACAUUUACCUAGACAUCAUCUAUAUCUUCACCUUCUUCCUGCAGCUUUUUGGCACUAACCGGGAAUGAGGAGCCCUCCCCAUCCCACCAUCCUCCAGAGAAUGUGCCCCCUCCUGGUUCCCUGUCCCUCCCCUGCGCUCCUGCAAGACCAGAUGUAAAACUAGCUGCCAACCCAGUCUGUGGCCAGGCUGCUGUACCCCAGCCCGGCCCAGCCCGGCCCAGCCCAGCCCAGCCCUCUGCUGCUUGUACAUAUGCCAUGGGGAUCCUGCUGAACUGAGGCCACGUCACCCCCGCUGACACCCCGUUCCCCACAUUACAUCUUCCAAACUGGGACAGUCAAGGCUGAAGGUUGUACCUUGGGUUUGAGGGCCCAAGGUACAAGUGGGAGAGGCAUAGCAGGAUUUCAGAUGCGGGAGAGAGACCCUGGGAGCCCAACGGAGCCCUGAGCCCCCAUAAGUCCUCCCAGGGCCGUACAACCAUGUGACCUUGGGGCACACUGUCCUGCGUCCAGUCUAUGUCCUCCUUUCUCGUCCACGUUAGGUGUUGACACUUUGUAAGAAAGCGGGAGGGGCGGGGGGAAGCCGCUGGGCAGGUAGAGUGGGCGGGCAGGAUGGUUGUCCCAGGCUGCCCAUUUUCUCUUGGCUCUGAUUUGGAUCGGGAGGCUAAGGGCAAUGGGAGAGGACUGAAGCCUGUGCUGUCUGUUGCUUGCUGUGAAUGACAGGGCACUGUUGGGGCAGGAGGUGAGGGCCGGAGGCCCUGCUCCUCAGUGAUGGCCUGUCCUAGGGCUCCCAGGGAGGCAGGAGCAAGGGAGCCAGUGAGGAGGUCUGAGCUCUGCCAGCCUCGCCAAUCCACCCAGACCAGCACCCACCUGGAAGCACUGGGGGUUGCAGGGCCAAGCCCCACAUCGUCUCACUCUCUUCUCUCCACAUGCCAGGCUGUGUGCAUAGGCCUGAGGCUGAGUGAGGCGUGUUGGGCCCUCCGGCUGGAUGUUCUGGGGGAGGAGGCGAUCGUUCUAGCUGCUAGGCCAGGCCCAUCUGGAAGGAGUCCUGCUCUGCCCCAGCCCUAACCCGAGGCUAUGCGGAGUCCCUUCUGCACCUCUUAUUUCCUAAACCCUCCCCGUGGGCUGCUGCUUGCUGGCUUGUCCGCAGCCAGGCCUCCUGAGGCCUUCGUAGUUGGCAACGUCCACAUCUCUCCUAGCUUCACUGGCCACUCACUCAGCCCAGAGUCCCUAAGUGCCCCCAAUGCCGCUUAUCUCUACAUCUCUCCAAUUUGAAAGCCAUCCAGCUGAUGCUAACAGCCAGGGCCAGUCCCUCCAGCUGGUCCCAUGUAAUGAGGCCAGGGCUCCUUAUCAGCUUCCAGGCGGCUGGGAUCUCAGGCAGGGUGUGCGUCAGCCCUCCAACCCCCGGAGGGGCGCCUGCCAGGGAGAGGACCAGGAGGCCACACCUGGGGGAGUGUGCAGCCAGCAUGUACAGUGGCCAGCUCCAGGCCAGUGGAAAGUUACUGUGAGGAGAUGGGAAGGCUCUGAGCGGAUAGCAGGACCCUCCUUUGGCUUCGCCCUCUGGGGUCCUCGUCUCUCUCUCCGGUGCUGGGAGCUCCAUCUGCCCCGGGAAGGGGGACGAGGUGUACUAACUAUUCCUUCCCAACCCCAUCCCUCCCCACCCUUCUUACUCACUUUUAAGAAGCACUGCAGAAGCAUUUGAAGUUUUGUUCCAUCUUGGAGAUUUGAAGAGAAAAGGAGCCAAGAACUGGCGGGUGGUGUGUGCGGCAAAGGCUCUGGGGGCACGGGUGGGAUGCCCACUGUGUGCUGGUCUAAAUGAACCCAUCACAGUGACCCCCCAGAGGCAGCACUCCACUCAUGCCAGUCACAGAGGGAAAAGCCGAGGGGCUCAGAAAGGCUCAGUAAUGUGUCCCAGGUCAUACGGCUAGCUAAUGGUGGGCCUGGGGUUCAGACCCACAGCUGCCUCACGCAAACAGGGUAUGACACUUGCCUCUGUGCCUGUGUGGGGGCCGGAAUGAGACCACAUGGGAGCCCAGAGAGAGAGGUGGUCAGGCCCUGUUGUUCCUGGGGAUUUCUUGUCCUCAGUGCCACCCCGGCCUCCUGUCUCUCCCAAAAUCCCUCGCCAGGUUUUGCACGCUGAGGUUUCUACCAUCCAGACAUGAGCUGGGAGGCAAGAUUUCUGGUUUCUGGUCCCACUGCCAGCAGGUUCCUGGUAUUAGAUGAGGGUUUCUUGCUGUCUGGGAUUCAGUUUUUCCAUCUGCCACAUGGAAGUUCAUAGCCAGGAUGGGGCUCGAGAGGCACCAGAACCCUUCUCUCCACUGACCUCCUCUCCUCCCAGCCCCUCGGUUUCCUCUCCUCGUCACUGGUCUCAGUUUCAGAGGGGUCAGCCUCAUCACCUCGUGGUCCUGCCACUGUCAGAUGGCCUUGGUCAUGAUUCCUAGAAUCUACUUGUCCAAGUUCUCCUUUCUCUGGGAUAAGUUAUGCAGAAACUGGGGAUUUAGAAACUUAUUCAGGGCUGAGUGCCAAAGGCUUGGGGGAGGAGGAGCAGGCCCUCGGCUGUAAACAAGGAACCGCAGGCAUCACAGCCAUUUGAGAAAUGGCUUAUUUGCAAACUGGGAAGGCUGGGCAGAAGAUGCCGAAGCCUCCUACUCCUGGUUCCUGAGCGGAGGGGUCCCGGGUACCACAGUCCAGGUCAGCAGCAGAGUUCAGGCUAAAGUCUACGCGUUCCAACUCCAGGCAGUGGGGAGCCCCGAAACACCAGGAGAGGUGUCAGAAGGAGGAAGGGCGGGGAACAGGAAUGCAGGAUUACAGGAAACCGCAGCUGAGCAGAUGUCACAGCUGUAGAGGAGGAAGGGAACCUGUGUGCCCCUCACAUUUUUGGCCUGGGUGGGGCUGGGCCUGGGAAGGGGUGGGCUGGGUUUUGUAAAGCUGGAGGCAGCCAGGAAUCUGAUCGUCUGCAAUGUGAGGUGAGGGGUCUCCCACUGAAGUCCUCUCCUAGAAGUGGUAGAUGGGGGCUAGGGAGGCACACGCGAGUCUGGGACUCAUUCCCGAGGAACACCUAUGGCUACUUCUGUAUCACCUGGGGAAGCCCCAGAAUCUUAGUUCUUCCAUUCUCUACUCUUCCUUCCAAAGGAGUCAGGAUGGGACAGACACCUAUUUUCCAAAAGGUACCUCCCUCCGUGGCCCACCUAAGGCAAAGUCCCAGGUGUCCUGGCUGCUCUCCUGGGUGGGUUGCGAUUUUGCACAAGCACUUUUCUGCCCUCUUGUGGCUGCUUGAGGAAACGCGGGACCUGGUUGUGAGCAUCACCGAGGGCCCAUGUGGCUGGAGGCUGGGGCAGGAUCGGACCACCAGCUCUUCUCAGACAGCCCCAGACCCAUCUCAUCAGCUACCACUGAGCCCUUUUGCUGAACAACGGUUGCAUCUCUCAGACACAGUGUACCCCCGCCUGAGCCCUCCUGAGGGCCUGAGGGCAGACACAGCUCCAGGGACCUGGCCCCGCUGCCAUACCCCAGACACUCCUGCUGUCCACUGGCCUCAGCUCCUGCAAGCAACCCAUUGUCCGAGCCUUUUCCCUUCUCUGGCCUCGCCUUCCUGGGGUGUGUGACUGACUGGAGAUAAAAAUAAAAGCAAUUCUGACACCC